AAAUGUAUUUAUAAAGCCACUUUUACAUCAGCCAGCAAAGACGAUGGAUAAGCACAAUUGAGAUACUGCUGUAACUCUAUCUAUUGGCCAUGGCUCAUUUAAAAACAUAUGGGCUGGUCCUUCUCUAUGACCUAGUGCUGUGGGGGGCACUGUGGACUGGGUUAGUGCUACUUGAGUUCUCCAGUAGUGGAGGACUGGUGGGGUUAUGGGCCUUUGGAGCCCUAAGGUGGGCAUUGCACCACUCAAUCACCCUGGUGCUUUCUGAAGGAAAGCCACAGCCAGUGCGGAGGAGAUGGGUGGCAGUGCUCUGCCUCUUACCUCCUGUGUUUGAAAGUGGACGUAUGGUCAUGGUGCCGGCAUCGACUGCCAACGACCUGGGUCUGGUGCCUGGCCCAAGCAUGGUGGUCUUGGCCCUGGUAUCCUCCACUGUGGCCUGCCUGGCAUGGGAGCUGGGCUUCCCUGAUGAUGGAGGGAACCAAGGGAAGGAGAAGAAGAGGAAACAGGAGGCCAGGGCACAGUUGAUGAGGAUGGUGCGAUACUGCAAACCAGACACCCUCUACCUGGCUGCAGCCUUCCUCUUCCUCAGCCUGGCUGUCAUCUGUGAGACGUUUAUCCCUUACUACCAGGGGAAGGUCAUUGAUACACUGAGUGGUCAGUACCAGCACAACAGCUUCAUGUACGCCAUUGGAGGCAUGGGACUCGUCUCACUAGGAAGUGCUCUGUGCUCAGGCCUGCGAGGGGGCUUGUUCAUGUGUAGCCUGUCCAGACUCAACAAGAGGAUGAGACACAUGCUGUUCCACAACCUGGUACAACAGGACAUACCCUUCUUUGAGGAGAACAAACCAGGAAGCCUUGUCUCACGCCUCGGCUAUGAUGUGGACAAGAUGGGACGCUCUGUGGCUCUGAACAGUAAUGUGCUGGUGCGCAGCCUGGUGAAGACGGCUGGUAUGCUAUUCCUGAUGCUGGGCCUGUCCUGGCAGCUCACCCUGCUCACCAUGGUGGAGAUGCCCCUCCUCACCCUGCUGCAGACCAAAUAUAACACAUACAACCAGGAGUUCAUUAAGCAGCUGCAGGACUGCCAGGCCCAGAUCAAGGAGCUGGCAUCCCAGGCCAUUGGGGCGGUGAGAACGGUUCGCAGCUUCAGAGCUGAGGAGAAGGAGCAAGAUAGGUACAACCAAGCACUGGAGAGGAUGUACAAGGUCCAGGAGCACAAGGGCAUCAUCAGUGCCGUCCACCUUUUACUGAGAAGGGUGGUGACAGUGGGCCUAAAGGUGGCCAUGCUGUUCCUGUGUCGGAGGCUCAUCUCGGCUGGCCAGCUGAGCAUUGGCAGUGUGCUGGCUUUUGUCCUCUUCCAGAAAGACAUGGUGACCAAUAUGAAACAACUUGUGUAUGUCUUUGGAGACAUGCUGUGCACUGUCGGGGCGGCAGCCAAGGUGUUCACAUUUCUGGACAGAAAGCCAGACCAGAAAGAAGCAGGAGAGCUGGCUCCUGCAAAGCUUCAGGGGAAACUUGCUUUCUACCAUGUCAGCUUCUACUAUCCCUCACGCCAAAAUACACCCGCACUGAAGGCUGUGAGUCUGGAACUGCAUCCGGGGAAGAUGACAGCGCUGGUGGGGCCCUCUGGUGGCGGGAAGAGCUCCUGCGUCAGCCUGCUGGCAAGGUUGUAUGAGCCCAAGGAGGGCCAGGUGCUGUUGGAUGGACAGCCCCUGCACUGCUACCAGCACCAGUACCUGCAUCAGAAGAUGGCCCUGGUGUCCCAGGAACCAGUGCUCUUCUCUGGAUCUAUCAGACACAACAUAGAGUACGGCCUCGUGGGAUGCACCCUGGAGAAGGUGAAAGAGGCUGCGAAGAGCGCCAACAUCCACGACUUUAUUUGUACGCUGGAACAGGGCUACGACACAGAUGUAGGUGAGUGUGGAGGGCAGCUGUCUUCUGGACAGAAGCAGUGCAUCGCCAUAGCCAGAGCUCUGGUUCGAGAGCCACAGGUCCUAAUUCUGGACGAGGCAACCAGCGGCAUGGACAUCAACACACAGCAUGCGGUGCAGGGCGUCCUGGCAGGCUCAGUGGGCCUGACAGUGUUGGUGGUGGCCCAUCGGCUGCAGACUGUGGAGAAGGCUGACCACAUCAUCUUCAUGGAGGGCGGGGAGGUGGUUGAGCAGGGCACACACCAGGAGCUCAUGGCUAGCAAGGGGCGCUACCAUCGGCUCAAAGAGAAACUCUUUGAGGACUGAUUAGGAAUCACACAGCUGUCGGAGAGAGAGAGAGAGAGAGAGAGACCCACACAAAAUACUUCCAUUUAUGAGAAGUGAAAAUGUUGAUUGAACUGCACACUCUAUCACGAGGCAUGUUUCCAUAGACACAGGUUUAUUCGACAAAAACAAUGCCGCAAAAAAUAUUCUUUGUUGGUCUGACGUCAUUACGUAAUCGACACAACUACAUGGUUGUUAAAAAACGACCAACUAAGCAUAUCCAAAAUUAACCGUGUGUAUCUAUGGUUAAAUGGAUAUGCGCCCUAAGCAGGCAAUUGUCGCAUCUAUUCUCCAUUCAAACUUAAUAGAAACAUAGCUAAUGAUACUCAAUGAUCAGACCUGAAUAUGACGCAUGUUAAUAGUUUUUUUUACUGCAAGAAAUCCACAUAUAUCUAUUUUCCUUGCUUUGAUUCACAAUCAAAUAAAAAUGUGAUGUUUUUUUCAGUGGCACUGAAAUGUUAAAAUUAAAGAACAAGUUUGUGAACACUGAAAAUUAGUUUUAAAAAUAUAUGUAUAAUAUAUAUAAUAAACAUCUUUGAAAAUGAGUGCAAAGGUGAUCCGUGUUCGGUUCGUUCAAUCAAUAUCUGAAUGUAAACAACUAAGAAGGAUAAUCAUUUAGAUUGCAUAAAUGUAUUUUUCUUAUGUCAUCCAUAAUAUUGAAUUAAUGCACAGCGAUAGAGGUACUGCAAAAGAAUACGUGUGCUAGCUGUUUUCAGAGUAAAAUCUACAGUAUGUGAAUAUCUGAUGUUACCUGACCCAUCGCUCCAGCUAGCUAGCUUUUACCAGGUUAGUUAUAAAUAAGGGCCACCAGCAAGUCAUGCAAAUUAGCUGCCUUCAAUGCUUGUUGGCUUUACUGGCAGACAAGAGAAGGAGCUUAUAUUAAAAGGCUAAAUCUAGCUAGCAACAUCAUUCACAUGUCAUUCACAUAUUUAGAUGAUUUAGAAUUUUUUGGGGCUUGCCUGUUUUGCAUGUUAUUUUGGCAUGAGUACGUGUAACAUAUCAGUUUGCAAACAAUGUAAAAAAUAUAUAUCAUUGAGUUAAUAAAGCUGCAUACAAACAUGGUC